UAGCAGAUACGCUCGGGUUUGUCCCUACCGAAACCCUCGACGAAAGAACGGAGCGCAGAAGUCGCGACGGGAGAUUGGUGGCGAAGACAUCGGCGUGAUCGCGGCGGAGGCGGCAAAUCAAACAGAAAUAUAGCUGCUACAAAUCCUAGCCACAUAGUGUUGGGAUUUUUUGCAGGAAAGGAUAACUUAAACGACCGCUUAGGGUUACAGAAGAUAACGGGAAAAUGUCGGGCCAGGGGCAGAGGCUUAACGUGGUGCCGACGGUGACGAUGUUGGGCGUGAUGAAGGCGCGGCUGGUCGGCGCUACCCGCGGGCACGCUCUACUGAAGAAGAAGAGCGAUGCUCUUACCGUUCAAUUCCGGCUGAUCCUUAAGAAGAUAGUCUCCACGAAGGAGUCUAUGGGCGACAUCAUGAGAGCCUCCUCCUUCGCCCUCACUGAGGCCAAGUACUCCGCAGGAGACAAUAUCAAACACGUAGUGUUGGAGUCCGUUCGUUCUGCGUCAGUCCGUGUUCGUUCCCGGCAGGAGAACGUUGCAGGAGUGAGGCUCCCUAAGUUUGAACACUUCACUGACUCUGCUGCUGACUCCAAGUCUUCCACUGACCUCACUGGCCUUGCUCGAGGUGGGCAGCAGGUGCAGGCCUGUCGUGCAGCUCACAUCAAGGCUAUUGAGGUUCUUGUUGAACUUGCCUCUCUCCAGACGUCCUUCCUCACCCUUGAUGAGGCCAUCAAGACAACUAACCGAAGAGUUAAUGCGCUUGAGAAUGUUGUCAAGCCCCGUAUUGAGAACACAAUUAGCUACAUAAAGGGGGAGCUGGACGAGCUUGAGAGAGAGGAUUUCUUCAGGCUUAAGAAAAUCCAGGGAUACAAGAAGAGGGAGGUAGAAAGGCAAAUGCAGGCAGCUAGGCAGUUUGCAGAAGAAAAGCGUGCGGAGGAGGUUUCACUGCAGAAGGGGAUAUCUUUCCUUGCUGCACAUAAUCUUCUUGUUGCUGGGGCAGAGAAGGACGAGGACAUUAUCUUUUAAUGGACACUUGAUGUUUUCUCAUUAGCUUUUUCAGAUGCACAUAGCAGGACACAGGCUUUGUUUAUACUUGCAUUCAAGCUCAAUUGAAUAUUAUUUGAUUUUCCAGAAACAUACAAGACUAUUUUAUGCAUGAAGUUGCAAACUGAACGGCCCUUAGGCAUGAUUGCAAGAUGUAAUGCAGCUGUUGGUAUCUUUUAUAUCAAGCAAUACUUGAAGUACUUCACGGUUUGAUUGCUUGACUAUGCUUAGCAGCACUAUCUAAUGUCAUUUUGAUAUUUUUGGUGAUGAAUCAGAAUCAGUUAUAUUGAGUGAUGAUAUGUGGAUAUUUACAAA